AUGUCUGCAACUGCUGCCCCAGAGAGGCUCGAGUUAACCGUCCCCGGGGAGCCUGAAUCUGAAGGUGUACCUGCUCAUAAAUUCUCCAUAGCUGAUUACUACACUUUGGUUAGCUGCUGGGGGAUGCUGCGCUGGCUUUCGCCCUUCAUCUUGCUUGGUGGCGCAACGGCCAUUCGGGUCUCCAAGCCUGUCCCCGGCCUGGUGCCCUUUGCCAUUGUCAACGAGUUCUGUGUACAUCUAUUACCGUUCUACUCAUAUCUGACAACAACCAUAAAGGGUGGUCCUGAUGUGAAUGAGGGACCGGAAGGCUAA